AUGAAUACCAUUCUUGACUUGCCACAGCACGUGUUAGUUUCAGUUUUCAGCGAAAUCAAUCAACACCAAGCAUUGGUACUCGGGCCGUUGCAUUCUCGUUUACAAGCUAUAACUAAAGUCAAAUUAUACCAGUAUAUAUACCUUUACGAAAGUGAUUUUAGUUAUAUGCAUGACGGUGAUUCUGGUCAUCGCUUCCCAAAGUAUUUGAAUAAUCCUAGGGUCAAUAAGUAUACGAUAAUAUCAACAGAGACUUUGAGGGAAUACAUUGACAGGAUGGAUGGAAACCAGCCAAUUAUAAGCUUUGACCUUCAGGACCGUGAACCAAUGGAACCAGCGAUCAAGAAACGAUUCAAGAAUAUCAAGUAUUUCAAUAUAACGAGUUCCAGAGAACUUGAAAGGUGGGGACGAGCUGACAAGUAUGAGGCGCUUGACCGAGAAGAUCGGGAAUCGAGAAUCGGCGGUUACUACCUGAACUCGAUCUCGGCUUUUAGAGAUAACAGAAAGGAGAAAUGGAGGUUGUAUAUACCACCAAAAGUGUUCCCGGAAUACAACCUGGGGUUGUCCAAACGAUUUGAUGACUUUUCAUAUAUUUCAGAGUUGAAUGUCCGCUUGCAUUCAGAGCGCAUCACCGAUGUAUAUCCACUCAAAUUGAAGAAAUUGCAUGUACAAUUUGACAAACCACUCGAAUCUUGUUGCAAGCUUGAGUAUAUUUUUACUACCUUGUACUUGCAGGAAUUGUACAUUGUUGGGGAGUUUGACUUUACUCUGGUCUUUCUGAAAAUUCAUAUCGAUGAUUUGUAUCCGAAUUUAGUUAUACUUGGCAUACGUAAAGUCAAUCACGAGGAAACAAAUCAUUCAUCUCAAGAAAUAUGUACAGUGAAACAUCGCUCCAUACGGAAAGUUGUUGUGUCAACCAAUAGAGCAGAUAAUACAAUGGCUCUUCGAGUUUGCUCACUUUGCCUGCAGUUUCCAAGGGCUAGUAUACACUGGUGGGAAAGUAUCCAUCGUUUACCUGGUCAAUUGGUCACUAGACGUUUUGAUAUUGAAGAACAAUCAGACUUCAGUCCUUCAACGAUCGAGCCCAGAACUGUGGGAUUCCAUUGGUACUACAAUUCAGCAACUCCACCCGGAUAUUCUUUCAAGUUGGUAAGUAAUUUUCGAUACAGGGUCCUUAGGCAUAAGAAUGGUCGAUGGAAAAAGAGAGGGGUCAUUACUUUGAAAAGAUAUAAUAACGAGUUUGCCCUCGGUGCAAUGAUGGCAAUGUCCUCAGAUUACAUGGCUUUUUACCUGAACAACAGACGGAGAUUUCCUCAUUGUGUAUGA